GAAUAAAAAAAAAUUUUUUCACGAAAAAGAGAACACGGCCUAAUAUUUUCCCCUUACAGCAAUACAAUAACUGUCCCCAGAAAAACCCCUGUACGCCACCCCGCGUCCUGCCUGCUGAGUUUCGGGAAAACGAUCGUCUCCGGCGAGGGCCAUGGCGUCUGCAGCUCUGAGGCGAACCAGCUGCCCUGCGAUGAAGUCAGUGGGGGGAAUUCUUCGAAUCGCAGCCUCGUCGAGGGCCUAUUCGUCACUCUCAGUUGGCACUGACAUAGUCUCGGCCGCGCCAGACGUUUCUCUCCAGCAGGCGCGCAGCUGGGACGAAGGAGUCUCCUCCAAGUUCUCCACUACACCUCUCAAAGACAUCUUUAAGGACAAGAAAGUUGUUAUCUUUGGUCUCCCUGGUGCUUACACAGGAGUUUGUUCAGCACAACAUGUACCAAGUUACAAGAAUAACAUUGAUAAAUUCAAGGCUAAAGGAAUUGAUUCUGUAAUCUGUGUAGCUGUCAAUGAUCCGUAUGUUUUGAAUGGCUGGGCCCAGAAACUUGAAGCCAAGGAUGCUAUUGAAUUUUAUGGAGACUUUGAUGGGAGCUUCCACAAGAGCUUGGAGCUGGGAAUAGACCUCUCUGCUGCUUUGUUGGGACCUCGGUCUCAAAGAUGGUCAGCUUAUGUGGUUGAUGGGAAGGUUAAGGUACUUAAUGUAGAGAGAGCCCCAUCUGACUUCAAGGUUUCUGGUGGUGAAACAAUUCUGGGACAGAUUUAAAGCUUCUUCGGUUUCCUUUUCCAAUCCACUGGAAGAGCUUGAUAUUUUACUGAGCUAAUCCUUCUGUUUGCACCAGUAGAAGAGAUCCUUUGGUUUCUUACUUGGAAUGUUUCUGAAGUUGCUUCUGUUAACUUGAGGGCAAUAAAUUUGGUUCUCCAACUUUGUAAACAAUCAGCAAGUAAAGAAAAAUUGAACAUUAGCAUGCA